GCGAAAUCGUCGAUUCCAAGAAGUACCUGAAUGCAACUUGGCUUGCUUACUUUCAACAUGGCAGCCCAACGCAGGCAUUUGAUGCAAAGUCAUCAGAGUUGGACGGACGACCUUCCUCUGUGCCAACUCUGCGGCGUUGGAACUGCACCCAACUGCGUGUAUGGUACAGAUGGCAAAGGGACGCAGACCCACCCUAAUGAGGACACACACCUGCGCUUCAGGAGUGAGGAUGGCUGUUCCCUGUAUGGAGUCUUCAAUGGCUAUGACGGCAGUAGAGUAGCCAGCUUCGCUUCACAAUGUCUUACGGCCGAACUCUUGCUGGAGCAGCUGAGUGCGGACCACACGGACUCAGACAUCCGUAGGAUUCUCACACAGGCUUUUGAAGCAGUAGAGAAGAGUUACUUGCAUACUAUUGAUGACGCAUUGGCUGAGAAAGCUAACCUGUCCGGCUACAUGCUACCCCACAGCGAGAAGGUGCAAGAGCGUCUAAAGGAGUUGGAGCAAGAGGUGUCGGGAGGAGCCAUGGCAAUUGUGGCACUCAUCCUCAACAACAACCUUUACAUCGCUAACGUUGGGACCAACCGGGCUCUGCUGUGCAAAACAACAACCGAUGGCCAGAACCAAUUCUUUCAGCUAGGACGACCUCACAGCACCGAUAACGACGACGAGCUUCAGAGACUCGCCGCGCUGGGAUUGGAUGCUGCCCGUGUGAAGCUUGCGGGCCACAUCGCUGGGCAACGCAGCACCAGGAGGCUUGGAGACUACCGCGUCAAAAUCAACUACAAUGAAAUCGACCUGCUCAGCGUGGCCAAAACAAGGCCCAUCAUUGCUGAGCCGGAGAUCCACGGCAGCCAGUCAUUGGACAGCGUUACAGGCUUUCUGCUUCUCAUGUCAGAGGGACUGAUCGACGCCCUGGAGUGUGCGCAUGGGCCUGAACAUGUCAAUAAGGAAAUUGUUGCCAUGGUGGCGGCCGAGCUCGCGCAGCAGACAACUCUGGAAGCAGCAGCGCAGUCGGUGGUGGACCGCGUCAAGCGUCUGCACCACGACGUCUACACAUCAGGGCGCCAAAGGGCCACCUUCUGCUCCCGCCAUGAGGAUAUGACAUUGCUCAUCCGCACCCUCAACUACCCGUUGGCGGAUGGUGUUCUCACGCCCACACAAGGUGGCCGCAUCUACCCUGUGUCGGUGCCCUACUCCAACAGCCAAAGCACCAGUAAAACCAGUGUCACUCUCUCGCUGGUGAUGCCCUCACAGAGCACUCUGACCAAUGGGACCAACACGGCCUCGACCCUGGAAGAGGGCACACCCACUCCCGGAAGCCAGAGCCCCACAGCCACGCUGCAGUCCACCAUCACGCAGACACAGAGCUCCAGCUCCAGCUCAGGAGACGGCAGCCUGUUCCGCCCGUGCGGUAGCCAGGCAGCACAACCUGAUGAGACGGGACGUGUGCCGCCCUAUGUGGACUUCACACAGUUUUAUCGCCUGUGGGGCAAUGACCACAGCGACGGACAGAUGCCUCAAUGCGACAUUGGAACACAAUGAGAAUGUUGUGCAAUGAACUUUUAUUUGGCUUUUAUGAUGUACACGAGACAUCAGGACACAAUGAUGGAAAAGCCUGAGCAGUCCUUCAAAUACCCGCUGCAUGGAAUUUUGGUGCCAUGUUUGGAUUCCAUUACAAAUGAGGACAAAUGGUUUGUGCCAUUGCUCCCUGGGACCCAAGAGUUUCAAGGACUUGCUCAUCUCUUCCGGUUUCGGAAAUUAUUUACUCGUCACUUCAUUAGGUACAACGUCCAAAGGAGUUUCAAAAAUCCACACAGGAAAUAAUGUUUACUUUUCAUUUACACUAUUUUUAAAAAAAAGACAAUAUUUUGAGGCAAUUCAAAUGUUUUGACCCACUAUUGACACCAUGGUAGUAAUCAAUUAUUGAUAAUUUUAUCUUUUCAGAGCGAUUCUUUGUUCCUGAACAAAAGUUAUUAGAACAUUUGCCUAGAAAUGAGCACUAGUGUGCUACUACAGGCAGAAGGAUGCCAUCUACUGGCUAACUCGUAAGCUACAGCAACAAAAAGUUCACCAAUAAUUAAUAAGCCCUGAUAUACAUAAAUAUAUACAGAUCCCUUGCUACUUCGCACUUCAAACUUCGCACCCUCAGUCCAUCACAGAUUUUUUUCAAUUGGGGGGAAAAAAAAAAAAAAAGAUGUCCUGAGCCGAUUGCAUAGUCUCACAAUUGCUCCCUCCCUCCCUCUCUCUGCUCUUUGUUCGUCAGAGAGUGAGCUAGAGUUGCUUCUUAAACGAUGAUUGACAGACGGGUAAGCUUUGAUCUUCCCAGAAACUCUACCAUCAAAGCGCCACAUGCGUCAGUCAUCGUUUAAUUUGUCAAACAGUUGCUGUGCCAACUCAUUGUGUGUAAGUGACCAGUGGAAACUCAAUGAAGUAUAUCAUAAAGACAAGGAUUUUUUUUUUUUUUUUACUGUUUUUAAAAUGGAUUGGGCGUCUACUUUUUUUCUUGCUUAAAAAUAAUUCUGUGGGGCAGUAACGUUUUUAAAACUUAUAAUUCAUAAUUAUUACACUUAAAGUGCUUUAAAAAGCAUUCAUUAUAAUGUACUAUAUACACAUAAGUUUUUUUUUUUAUUAUACUUUGGAGAAAAAGGUAAAAACAUGUCUUUCCUGAUACAUAGAUAGAUAGAUCUGAAUAAAUAAAUCCAGCAAAAAAAAAAAAAUUGGGGGGUUGCGCUGCUUCGCGGUUUUUCACUUAUCGCGACGGUUUCUGGUCCCCAUUAACCGCGAAUAACGAGGGAUCGCUGUAUGUAUAUGUGUGUAUAUAUAUAUAUAUAUAUAUAUAUAUAUAUAUAUAUAUAUAUAUACACAUAUAUUAGGGCUGUCAAACGAUUAAAAUUUUUAAUCGAGUUAAUCACAGCUUAAAAACUAAUUAAUCGUAAUUAAUCGCCAUUCAAACCAUCUACAAAAUAUGCCAUAUUUUUCUGUAAAUUAUUGUUGAAAUGGAAAGAUAAGACACAAGACGGAUAUAUACAUUCAACAUACUGUACAUAAGUACUGUAUUUGUUUAUUAUAACAAUAAAUCAACAAGAUGGCACUAACAUUAACAUUCUGUUCAAGCGAUCCAUGGAUAGAAAGACUUGUAGUUCUUAAAAGAUAAAUGUUAGUACAAGUUAUAGAAAUUUUAUAUUAAAACCCCUCCGAAUGUUUUUGUUUUAAUAAAAUUUGUAAAAUUUUCAAUCAAAAAAUAAACUAGUAGCUCGCCAUUGGUGACGUCAAUAAUUGCACAAUGCUCAUGGUGCUGAAACCCAUAAAAUCAGUCGCACCCAAGCGCCAGCAGAGGGCAACAAAACACCAAAAAACACAAGUAACAAGUGGACAUGCCACUGUGCUGUCAUUUUAAUCUGUAUGGGCGGGGCAUGUGAGUUAAUUGCGUCAAAUAUUUUAACGUGAUUAAUUUAAAAAAUUAAUGACCGCCCGUUAACGCGAUAAUAUUGACAGCCCUAAUAUAUAUAUAUAUAUAUAUACACACUUUUUUUUUUUUUUUUUAUCGGGUUGUGUGGAUCAAUAGACACUGACCCAAGUGUCAAGACAAUCGAUUAUCAAAUGACAGAGGAGUAGGACGAGACAAGAAGAACAAAAACAGCAAUUACAGUACUACUACUUUAGUGGCAACUCAUCAAGCCUUCAGCCUGUUAAAAAACAAUCUGCAACUGUUAUAAGUGAAAGAACUAGAAUUUUAUUCACAUAUUAAUGCAGGCCUAUUUAGGACAAGCAUGGGCUGCAUUGUGACUUCUGCCGAUAAAAUGAUAGCUUGCAGUCUUUUCAUUUGCCACUGAAAUUCAGUAAUGUUGCUUUUAAUAAUCAAGGAUAUUUGAAUAAUUCAUAAAAUGAAAGAUACGCUCCACUCAUACUGAUUUUAUGUAUUGAAUGUGAAGUGUUAAACUGAUUUGCUGUGGUCUUAAAAUGUCUUGAAUUUGGCUCCCUUGAGGCUAGAUUCCCUGCAUUGUAUCAGCUGAAUACUUCUUUGUACUGGAUGUCUUGAAUGGGUGUACCGAAUGAUGUGACCAGUAUAUACCAUCUACAUCUGGAUGUAUGUUGCGUUAAGUCUCAGAAAUCUUUGAGUAUCAUGAUGGCUCGCAAUGUACUGUUUUUUUUUGGGGGGGGGGUGUAAUUUUAUUUUUUUUAAGUGCUAUAAUAAAAGUAUAUAUGUACUGUAGUGUAGAGUACAUUCCUUUUGGGCAAAGACUUUGCAGUUGCACCCAAUUUUGGUUUAAAGUGGACCUUUCAGCUUCAUUAUCAGGGUUCUUUUACAUACGGACUGUUGGAAAUGUCACUAUUCAUUAGAAAAAUUAGGCUUACCGUAUAAUAAGAAAAAUGAUUGUUCAUUCUGGACCGUUUUGACUUUUUAUUGUUGAAAUUAGGCAUAGCAUAGUGGCAAAAAUCAAUGAGACAUGAAAAAUUUCAAUCAUGGUUAGAAGGUUCUGACCCCCAAGCUAGUUUCACAUGACAUUUGGUAGGUAUGUUUGUUAUGCUUAGACCUAAAGAAAAGUCUCCUGUUAGAACUCUGAUGUCAUACGACCUGAUCGCAAGACCAAACGUAGCGUGUCAACUAUGUCAAUGAAAAGUAGGCAUUUGAGGGAGAUUUAGUAUUUACAGAUUGCUCCAAAAUCAAUUGAUGAUAUUGGAAAUACUUUUUUAAAGUACUGAAAAUGGUUAAACAAUCAAGUUACUACAUGGUUAGAAGUGCCAGCUGUUCUUGCUGUAGACCUACUGCUUCCUGUUUUCCAUCGGUGCUGGCAGGAAGUGGAAAAGGGGGUGGCAGAGAAUUGGGAUAAAGGAACAUUGCACAGGCUGGCAAUUUGAAACACAAAAGUGCUACCUCUUCAACACAGAAAUGUUCUUAAUUUUUUAAAAUCCAAAUUCAACAUUUGAGUGCUAAUAACAUACAACAAUAACCUGUUAUUUGUAAAGAUGUUCAUUUCUACUCCUACUCCCACAAAUAAAUUGACACCAUUAUGAUUAACUGGCAUAAUCAUUAAACCUGAUUUAAAAACGGCAAUAACAAACACAACAUUAGAGAAUAUGAAUCAUUUCACACAAAACCUCUAAUCAGCAGCUUUGGUUGUUGUUGGACUCAGAGGCCACGCAUGUUGUUAAUUGCUCCAUUUAGAUGUAAUUGGUGUUUUCUUUCCACUCAGGCCAUAACCCAAUUCUUGAAAAGUGGCUUUAAUUAGUGUAAUUGCCGCUGGAAGGGGGAAAAGGAGAAAAUGUUGAAAAACUCCAGCGGGAUUUGUUGUGAGGAGGUCAAGUCUUAGUUAUUGCACUUGGUCGGUCUUCCCACUUACAAGCCUAAUUGUGUUUUAACUGUUUCUCUCAUUACAUUUGUAACUUCAUUUAAGCCACAAUCUAUCUUAGCACAGCUUUGGUUUUGGUUUGCUUCCGUGUUUUGUUUUUGUGCUUGAUGACCAAGAAAAUUAGAGACGUAGGGGAAAACGGAAGCGCCACAUUGCAUGAAACCUCCAAUUUGCUGAUGUAGUAUACAUUCCCAAUGUGAAGCAUAGACUUCCUAAUUGUAUUGACGGGUCUCAUCCGUCAGCUUCGAAGUUAUUCGAAAUAAGUCAACACAUGCAGUGAUCCAACGCCGGAUUUAGGUUGAAAAAGUAUGAAAGCUGUACCGCAUACAAACAGUAAGUAUUGUCGAAGGAAUGAUUUAUUCGAGGAGUCAGGGCAAUUAUUAUAUUUUUCGUUCCAUGCAUGCAUUUUGAAACAUUGUGAAACGAAAUCAAUGGGAGAAAUUAGCCGCUACAGCAUUGUCAUUAUUCUUCGCAAUAUUUACAUAAAAUAACUGCUAACUGCACCUUUUUUGCUUUUAACCAAGAAUCGUGACUGUUUUACGUCCAUAUCUAAAAAGAAUUCAGGGAUUUAAGCAUUUAUUCACAAUAAAUUUCAACGGAAAAAGCUCUUCGUUUACUUAUGGCGGUCGCCAAUUUCCUUACUGACUAGCCUCAUAGUUCGCAAUAUAUACGUAAAAUUAAUGCUACCUGCACGUCUUUUUGCUUGUAACCAAGGAUCGAGACUGGUUUAUGUCCAUUUCUAUAAAGAAUUCAGGGAUUUAAGCAUUUAUUCACAAGAAUUUUCAUUGGAAAAAGCUCUUUGUUUACAUAUGGCGGCCGCUAAUUUCCUUCCUGACUAGCCUCAUAGUUUGAAAUAUUUACGUAAAAUAAAUGGUACCUGCACGUUUUUUUUUUUUUUUUUUUUGCUUUUCACUAAGAAUCGAGACUGUUUUACGUUCAUACCUAUAAAAAAUUCAGGGAUUUAAGCAUUUAUUUACAGAAUUUUCAACAGAAAAAGCUGUUUGUGUUUCAACUCGGUCAGCUUUGACGGAGAUAGGCCCCCUAUAAAUCGGCCCCGUGUCCCUUCAAUACAUUGAGGUCUAUGUGUGUAUAGUGCGUGCCAAAAGUAUUGGCACCACUGCAAUUCGAUCACAUAAUGCUCAAUUUCUCCCAGAAAAUGAUUGCAGUUACAAAUGCUUUGGUAGUAAUAUCUUCAUUUAUUUAGCUUGCAAUGAAAAAACACAAAAUAGAAUGGGGAAAAAAAUUAAAUCAUUAUCAUUUUACACAAAACUCCAAUAAUGGACCGGACAAAAGAAUUGACACCCUUUGAAAAAUCGUGUGAUGCUUCUUUGUGUAUUUUGUGUAAUUAACAGCACUGGUUACUUACCUGUGGCACAUAACAGGUGGUGGCAAUAACUAAAUCACACUUGCAGCCAGUUAAAAUGGAUUAAAGUUGACUCAGCCGCUGUCUUGUGUCCUUGUAUGUAUCACAUUGAGCAUGGGGAAAAGAAAGACCAAAGAACUGUCUGAAGACUCGAAAAGCAAAAUUGUGAGGAAGCAUGGGCAAUCUUAAGGCUACAAGUUAAUCUCCAAAGACCUAAAUGUUCCUGUGUCUACAGUGCGCAUUGUCAUCAAUAAGUGGAGAGCCCAUGGCACUGUGGCUAACCUCCCUACAUGUGGACGAAAAAGAAAAAUUGAUGAGAAUUCAAUGAAAGAUUGUGCGGAUGGUGGAUAAAGAACUUUGACUGACAUCCAAACAAGUUCAAGCUGAAGACCCCACUUUGGACUCAGAGACAUAAAAAAGCCAGGCUGGAGUUUGCCAAAACUUACCUGAAAAAGCAAAAAAAGUUCUGGAAGAAUGUUAGAGCUUUUUGGGAAAAGGCAUCAACAAAGAAAAGAACACGGUCCCCACAGUCAAACAUGGCGGAGGUUUCCUGAUGCUUUGGGGUUGCUGUGCUGCCUCUGGCACUGGACUGCUUGACCGUGUGCAUGGCAUUAUGAGGUCUAAAGACUACCAGCAAAUAUUACAGCAUAAUGUGUGUGAGUGUUAGAAAGCUGGGUCUCCCUCAAGGGUCUUCCAGCAGGACAAUGACCCAAAACACACUUCAAAAAGCACGAGAAAAUGGCUUGAGAGAAAGCACUGGAGACUUCUAAAUUGGCCAGCAAUGAGUCCAGACCUGAAUCCCAUAGAACAGGGGUCCCCAACCUUUUUUGCACUACGGACCGAUGUGAUUUGGGUCUUUUUUUUUUUUUUUCACUGACCGGUGAUCUGUCAAAUUUUGCACCAAAUUUUGUGGCGGUGAAAAAGCCCUCUUUUAUAUUCACUUGGACUCUCAAUGUUAUCCAACGGUGCUAAAAAAACUAUUUACAUCAUAAACAUACAUGUGCCACAUAGGGGUGCAACGGUUCAGUUAGCCCACGGUUCAGUUUGAACCUCGGUUUUGGGA